CCUGCUGUUCGGUCCUCUCAGCCCUCUGUUGUAGCACCAAAGGGAGGAGGAGCCACCAGCACACACACACACAUACUCACAGACACACACACACUCUCACAUAAUCUCUUCCGCACGCUCGCUUUCAUCACCAGCCAGGCCCGUUUGGAGCAGGGGAGCCCAGCCGUCUCGUAGCCCAAGAUGGAUGUACUCAUGAAGGGGUUCUCAAUGGCCAAGGAGGGGGUGGUGGCCGCUGCAGAAAAGACCAAAGCUGGCAUGGAGGAGGCAGCAGCCAAGACCAAGGAAGGGGUGAUGUAUGUAGGCAGUAAGACAAAGGAGGGCGUUGUGUCAUCAGUAAACACAGUGGCCAACAGGACCGUGGAUCAGGCCAACAUCGUCGGGGACACAGCGGCUGCCGGGGCCAACGAAGUGUCACAGGCGGGCGUGGAGGGGGUCGAGAACGUCGCCGCGUCGACCGGGAUGGUCAACCAGGGAGAAUAUGGAGGAAUGGAGCAGGGUGGGGAAGGAGGAGAGGGGUAUUAGUCGCCGUCAGGACCUUCCCUCCCGCUCUCCGGCGUCCCCUCGCUCCCCUCGCCUCGCUGUACCAGACUUCAGAUGUUCAACUUAUUUUUUGUGACUUUACAGAACCAAAAUCAACUAAAACAGACUCUUCCGGAUGCCGCACCUGCGCCCCUGUCUCCCCCUCUGUGAUCUCCGUGAUGCCUCUCCCUCAGCAGCCCUCUGCCACCCGUCCUCACGCCGUCUCCUCCCCUCUGAUUCCCUGCAGCCUGUAGCUUUUCCUCCACUGCCCGUCUCACCCCGCCUCACCUGUGUGUUAGUGUCGUCCUGAUAUGAACCCUGGUGUUGUUGCAGCCCCUACGCCUACCAACCAAUAGGGGAACCUCACACACAAACACACACACGUACAAACAAACAAAUUGACACACCUUCAUUCACACCCAUACAUUCACACACAUACAGUACAUACCGCAAAUGCCAGCACAGACGCACACACUGGGCAAACAUGUUUAAUUGUAGGAUAUUUUGGUUGAAUGAAUACAGUUACUGAAGCAGGGUGUGAGAGGUUGUGUGACCUGCUUUCUGUGUGCCUGUGUGUUCAUGUUAGCUUAUAUAUGUGUGUGUGCAUGUGUCAAAUAAAUCUCCAGAGGCUUAUGCAGGGAAUCGUGCAUUGAGGACAGAUAUCAUUCUGUUUAGUGUGCAGUAGUAAGUGAAUUAGCUCCAGUAGACUGCAUGAACCGAUGUGUAGAAUGACUUGUCUCGUGUUGUAACUAUGGAGUAGCAGCUGUUCUGUAUAGCUUAGUAUGGCUUAGUGUGUGUUUGGCCUCGACAUUUAGAAACAGGGUUAUAAACCAGGAAGCAAUACUUAAUGCUCAUUUUUCUCAGCUGUUAGAGUGGAAGCUUGAAUUGUGUUCAUGUGUUGCAUGAGAAAACAAGAGCAGUUGUUCCACAAGUCAUUAAGUUUUCAAAUGUUCAAAGAAAUUAUCAAUUUUGGCUAAAUAAGCAAAAUUAAAGUGGGGAGACAACCAGAUUUUGAUUCUCAAAUUCGGAUUGGUGAAGGAGGAGAUUCCCCCGAAACCAGUGUUGCUUUAACUUUGGAACCCCAUCAGCUGGUGGGUCUGUCAUGACAAACACAGUUACUGGUGAAAUGAGCUGAAAAUAAUAAUAAUUAAAAUAAUUCCAUUUGAUGGCAAUAAAAAUCCUCUUUGGUUUGAAUAUUUCCCUCAAUGUGAACCUCAAAUAGCUUCAAUGAAGAGUUCAAACAAGCUGAUACAGAAUAUAUGUCCGACAAUGUUUUAACAAAUUUAAAGCUACUGAAGGGGAAAUUAAAAGGGAAACCUGAGAAAAAACGUUUUCAGGGACUUAUGAGCAGCUGAUACUGAUCACCUCUUGUUAUCGUGUAGUUGCUUUUUAGUCUUUGUGAAACUGGUUUGCAUGCCAUCAGGAGAAUCAGAGC